GCAUUGCCAUGUGGAGCGCGAUAAGAAGUAUUUGCCGGUAGUUACUUUCUUUCAGGAAAAGAUAGCCUGCGAAAGUAAUAGGCUACUGCUGGUAAAACUUUUUAAUAUAAUUACACUAAUUCCUGGCUGUAGGUAAAGUUAUUUUAAUGAACCAUGGAUUUAAUAAAUAUUUUAGAAAAGACAGUUUCUCCAGAUAAAACAGAGUUAGAAGCAGCACAGAACUAUUUAGAGCAAGCUGCUCAGAAUAACCUACCUGAGUUUCUCAAGUCGCUUUCAGAUGUUCUUCAACAUGCAAGCAACACUCCUGUGGCCCGUAUGGCUGCUGGUUUGCAGCUUAAAAAUGCUCUUACUUCAAAGGAUGCUAACAUUCGGCUCAAAUAUCAAGAAAGAUGGUUGCAAUUCCCACUUGAUAUUCGAAGUUACAUAAAGCAAAGUGUUCUGUCUGCACUUGGUACAGAGACAAUUAGACCUAGUUCAGCUGCCCAGUGUGUAGCCUAUAUAGCUGUUGCAGAAUUACCACGUGGUGAGUGGCCAGAUCUGAUUUUGGUUCUGACCCAAAAUGUUACAAAUGCUACAAGCACAGAAAUGACAAAAGAAGCUACCUUGGAAGCAAUUGGUUAUAUAUGUCAAGAUAUUGAACCAGAUGUUUUAAUUUCUCAGUCAAAUGAUAUUCUAACUGCAAUUGUUCAUGGUAUGAGAAAAGAUGAACCUAGUGAUCACGUUAAACUAGCAGCUACUAAUGCUUUGCUGAAUUCUUUAGAAUUUACUAAAGCAAAUUUUGAAAAGGAAUCGGAAAGACACUUUAUUAUGCAGGUUGUGUGUGAAGCUACGCAAUCUUCCGAUACUAAAGUGAGAGUAGCUGCUCUUCAGUGCUUAGUAAAGAUAAUGUCCCUUUAUUAUCAGUACAUGGAGACAUAUAUGGGACCAGCACUUUUUGCUAUUACUAUGGAAGCCAUGAAAAGCGAGAUUGAUGAAGUUGCACUUCAAGGAAUUGAAUUUUGGUCCAACGUUUGUGAUGAAGAAGUUGAUUUAGAUAUCGAAGCCACUGAGGCUGCAGAGCAAGGAAUGCCACCUGCCAGAACAUCAAGAUUUUAUGCCAAAGGUGCUCUUCAAUAUUUAGUGCCAAUUUUAAUGCAGACUCUAACAAAACAGGAAGAACAUGAUGAUGAAGAUGAUUGGAUUCCAUGUAAAGCAGCUGGAGUAUGCCUUAUGUUGAUGGCUGCUUGUUGCGAAGACGAUAUCGUCCCUCAUGUUCUACCAUUUGUUAAAAACAAUAUCAAACAUGUUGAUUGGCGAUAUAGGGAUGCAGCGGUGAUGGCAUUUGGGUGCAUUUUAGAAGGUCCAGAUCCAACAAAUCUGAAACCAAUUGUAGAGCAAGCAAUGCCAAUGUUUAUAGAGCUAAUGUCUGAUGAAAGUGUAGUUGUUCGUGAUACUGUUGCAUGGACUAUUGGCAGGGUGUGUGAGCUAAAUCCUGAGGCUGCAGUUAAUGAAACAUACCUGAAACAGCUUCUAGAAGCAUUAGUAAAAGGUCUAAGUGCUGAACCAAGAGUUGCAUCCAAUGUUUGUUGGGCAUUUAGCAGCCUUGCUGAAGCUGCAUUUGAAGCUGCUGAAGUGACAGAUGAUAAUCAAGAACCAAAUACGUAUUGUUUAUCUGAAUGUUUUGAGAUAAUUGUAGCGAAGCUUUUAGAAACUACCGAAAGACCUGAUGGUAGCCAAGCAAACUUGAGAAAUGCUGCUUAUGAGGCUCUAAUGGAAUUAGUAAAGAAUAGUCCUAAAGAUUGUUAUGUGUGGGUGCAAAAAACAACCAUGAUAAUUUUGGAAAGGUUAAAUCAUGUUCUUGCUCUAGAAAGACACAUUCAGAGCACUUCUGACAGAGCUCAAUAUAAUGAUUUACAAUCAUUACUUUGUGCUACUUUGCAGAGUGUAUUAAGAAAAAUGACGAAAGAGGAUGCUCCAAAAAUUUCUGAUCCAAUAAUGGCUGCAUUAUUGCAAAUGUUUAGCUCUAGCAACUGUAAAUCAGGUGGAGUUCAGGAAGAUGCUCUGAUGGCAGUUUCUAUGCUAGUGGAAGCUUUGGGGGAGCAGUUUUUAAAAUAUAUGGAUGCAUUUUCUCCAUUUUUGGCUUUGGGUCUGAAAAAUCAUGCAGAAUACCAGGUUUGCAGUGCAGCUGUUGGUUUAACUGGUGACAUUUGUCGUGCACUUUCAAUGAAAGUGCUUCCUUAUUGUGAUGACAUCAUGACAAUGUUGAUGGAAAAUCUUUCUAAUGCUUCAGUGCACAGAACUGUAAAACCGCAAAUUUUGUCAGUUUUUGGUGAUAUUGCUCUAGCAGUUGGUCCCCAUUUCCGCAAGUACUUGGACAUUGUAAUACAAACACUGUUGCAAGCAUCACAAACUCAAGUCGAAUGCAAGAAUGAUUAUGAAAUGAUAGAGUAUGUUAAUGAAUUGCGUGAAGGAUGCCUUGAAGCUUAUACUGGUAUCAUACAAGGGCUUAAAGGUGAUCAAACAACUCCAAGUUCUGAAGUCGCAGUCUUACAGCCACAUGUACCCUAUAUUAUUCAAUUUAUCACUCACAUAGCUCAAGAUCCUGAGCAUUCAGAUGCUACUAUAGCAACUAGUGCUGGAGUAAUUGGGGAUCUUUGCUUAGCAUUUGGCCAGAGUAUGCUCCCUCUUGUAGAUAAUGAGAUUAUUAAUGAUCUAUUAACUAAAGGUAGGCGUUCAAAGACGACUAAAGCUAAAACCUUAGCAACUUGGGCUUCUAAAGAAAUUCGAAAACUGAAGAAUGCGACAUCAUGAUUUGUAUGUUUCAAAACAGCAGUCUGUGACUCUGUGGGCUGUCAUGUGCAAACUUUCCUCAUGGCUGUCGCGAGAGCCUUAUCAAGAAGCCAAGCGCUAUUAUAUUGUUUGACAAGAGAGAGAGAGAGAACGAGUGAGAGUGUGCGUGUGUGCUCCAUCUUUCACACCAGUAUGAUUCGUCAGUCUCUUUCCGUAACUUCCAAGCCUGCCAAGCUUCUUCAUCCAUAGCCAGCAACAGUUCCAUUGAAGAAUUCCUUAUUCAAGCAGCAGCAUAUUUGUCUGGAAGACAAAGAAAAAAAAACCAACUGUUUGGACGGUUACUUUCAGAAGCCCAUCAGUAUUGAAGACAAAAAAAAUUUAUCUUCACUGGGCUCCCAAGUUUUAAAAACUUGCCUCCCCACCAGAAUAAAGACUGCAUCUGAAAUGCGUCUGAGUGGGGGUUUCUCUUCAGGCCCUGUCAACCAUUACUUUUAACAUUUUCAAAUCAAAAAUUAACAACUGCGGAAAAGUUGUCUUUGAAAGUGCCUUUUUAAAUUGAGGUGUGUUCGACUGCACUGUCCAAACCUCAAUGUUGCAGCCAAAUUUGAUUUUGUUGCCGAGAAACUGUUUAUCCUGAGCAACUUUUAGCUCUUAGAGAUGCUGAUUGAAUAGGAUUUUUGCUGAAAAAGAACAAGGGUAACUAAAAUACUGUAUUUUUAAAAGAGCUAAAAUAUAAAAGAUGUAAAAAAUUGUCAUAUUUCAUGAUGUAUCAUAUCAGAUGUAUAUUUUUGGCAGCUUUAUUUUGUGGAAGAAUUUUAGUUGCAAAUCUUAAUUUUGCAUAUUUCCUUUGCAUGAAAACUGCACAAGUCUUAGCAUAUAGCUAACAUUCACUCCAGUGAUACCUUUCCUCAUGAGUCAAAAAGUGGUUACCCUUGUUUUUAAACGACUGCUGGAAUCACUUUUAAGUUGUGAAUAAUUUUCUGUAAAAAACAAGUUUUUUGAAUUGUUAGUAAAUCAUCUGUUCUUAAUGUUUUUCAUUUUACAUGUAUUGGGAUAGCCAAAAUUAUCAUAGUCAUUUUUUCCCAAUAUUUUUACUUCUGUGAUCAUGUUUAAAAACAUUUUUCUAUUGAUAUCUCAGUUGGUGUGAAUAUUAAUUUUUCUAAAGCGUCUUUAAAAGAUUACUUUUGUAUUUUUUAAACUUCUCAGGCAAAUCUAAUCAUUCAUGUGUGAGUGGUAUGUAUGUAAAAAUAUGUUUUCUUCGUUUCCUUUCCAAAUCCUUAUUCCAUAUAUGGAUAUGUGACCAAUAAAAUUAGCUCAAUUAAAGUGUUGUUUUUUAA